CGUGAAUUUCCAUCUAUACAUUUAAUUUAUCGUCCAAUAAGACAAAUGGUUUAUGCAAUAUUAUUUAAUUUAAAUCACAAAAUUUUCCUGGCAACUAAUGGAAAAGAAAAAAAUUGUAAUGAAAAAAUUAAAGUGCCUGAUGUUAUUAUUAAGGAAUGGAUAUGGUCAAAGAAUAAUCCAUAUCAAACACCAGAAGAAGUUAAGGCUGAAAAAAUUGGAUGGGGAGUACCAACAAUUCAGCGUCUUUGGUUUGGCUCUAGUAUAGAUGAUAAACGCCGAAGACUUCGUGGCUUUUUGACAUGUAUGAGAUCAGAUACACCAUUAAUACUCAACGUUUCACAUGUACCUCAACAUUUGCUUAUCAUGGCUUGUGUACUCAGAUACAUAAUGACAUAUUCUGACAAAAAAAUAUUACGACGUCAAGAGCUUGAUGCAUUUAUUGCUCAGGCAUUUUCACCAAAUCUCAUGAAUGCUCAGUAUCUUCAAGAUCUGCAGCUUCCACUUGUUACAUUCCGUGGAGUUCAACUUGCCACACUGUUUAUGGCUGGUGUUGAAACGGCUCUUUUGGCCAAUGAUGCUUGUGGUGCACCAAUACCAUGGCUCAUGUGUUGUCCAUGGUUGUAUUUUGAUGGUAAACUAUUUCAUCACACUCUGGCACGUUCAACAAUUGCUAAAAAUCUUUUGGAACUUUGUGGUGGUCAUAUUGAUCGUGUUGUUAAAGUUGAAAGAAUGCGAAAGGCAAUACUUGAAGGCCUUAGUGUUGUCUUCGCCAGACCACCAAUUGUACCAACUGUACCGGGUUUACGAGUUCCAACAUUACCAUCAAAUAUUUUACCAGUUGGUUGCGUCGUUAAUGACACAAUAGCACGUGGUCGAACAAACCCACGUAAUAACAACAAUAAUUUAUUUAGAGAACUUAUUCGUCGUCCAGUACCAUCGCGUGGUGGUCGCCUAGAAGUUGCUGGUGUUGUUGUAGGACAAUGGGGGGCUAAUUAUGGACAACCUACAAAACCUCAUGCCACUAUUCAAGGACCUUCUCGAGGACGCAUACCACCCCAGCCACAAUUUCCGCGUAUUAAUGCACGAAUGUUCCAACCAAGGGCAAAUAACAAUAUUAACUCUUCUGCAGUAAGAGGAAAAAAAACUCAAAUGAAGGCCACAAGUAAAAAGAAAGGAAUAAAGAAAAACCAAGAAAAUGAUAAUAAAAAAGAUAUCAAGUUACGUGACAAUUCUGUUGAAGAAAUUGUUAAUGCUGAUGAAUUUUCUAAAUUACUUAAAAAAGAUAUAAAUACCAAAGAAAUAAUCUCAGCAACAGUAGCUGAUAAAUCUGGUGUUGACCAAACUAUUGAAAAGGACAAACUAGUCGCUACUGAUGCUAUUUCCACUGUCGAUGCUGCUACUAAUGCUGCUUCACAAUCAGUAAAAGAUAAUUAAAACGUUUUAAGAAAAAAAAAAAUUUAAUCUCUCGGAUGUGACUAAAGACUGCAAACCAAUAUUAUUGGAUGGGUAUCGAGCGAUCGGGCACAAAACAAAAAAAAAAAAAGCAACUUUUUGUGUGCUCAAAAUAUUCAGUUCAAUUCAUAACAGAAAAAGUUCAGUUUUUUUUUUUAAAUAAAAUAUUUUAGUUUUUAUAGAAUAUUAACAAUUUAAUUUAAACUUUUAUUUUUUAUUAUAAAUAUUAAACUAAAAAAAUAAUAAUAAUAAUAAUUAUAUUUUUGUAUUAUUAAAUAAAUAUAUAUAUUAUAUGUACAUAUAUAUAUAUAUAUAUUUAUAAAUAACAAAAGUAUAAUUUCAUUAUAAGUUUUGUGUUACUACAUGUAAUGUUUAAGCAUGAAUAGUAAUAUCAAGUGCACAUUGGCUCGGUGUGCAUAUAAUGCUCUCUGGUAGGAGCUCAAAACUAUUUUAAAUCGAACUGUGGUAUCAUGUGGAUAUUGAGAAGAACGGAAAUGUUAAUAAUUAAAUUGUUACAAUUUUCCCACUGCCAAAUACUAGCUCGCUAUGCAUUGUAAAAAAUAAUACUUCUGACAAAUGAAGAAAAAAUAGAAAUGAUUUUUUUUUCUUUAUCUCAUCGAAACUACUUGUUUACCAACUUUCAAUCCAAGAUCAAGAAAAAAAAACUAAUUUGGAAUAGCACCAAAUCAGCUGUUAAAAAGAAAAAAAAUGUAUUGUUGAAUAAGCGUAAUUAUUUUUUUUACCAUAAUAGAAAUGUAUAUUCUCCGGUAUCAUGUGAAAUGCUCGCUUUGUCCAAUCUUGCCUACAUAUAUCGUGAUUCAUAUAAAAGUAUAUAAUGUAAUUUAUGUUGACCAAUUUAUGAAACAAAAAAAAACUGCAGAGAGUGCCUCGUAGAUGAACAAUGAGAAUAAUAUUACUAGCUGUAGUUUUUUUAAUUUUUUUUUUUUAAAACGACGACUUUUUUCUAAAACACAAAAAAGUAAAAAAAAUAUGUAUCAAGUCGUAGCAUUAUUAACGCAGAGACUGCUUUUCACCAUACCCUUUAUUACAACGCAUAAAUCCUUGAAUAGUUUGUUUCUCAAUUAAAAUGUGUAGGAUUUUUCAUCAAGUAUGAUUUUUUUGAGAAAUACAUUCAUUUUCAAAAAAGUAUAUAUGAGCUGAACCGUAAAUGUCUGUUAUAAUAAAAAAUGAAAACAUUAUUGAAACAUAAAUACAUUAUUUAUGAUAAUAUGCAGCACUAUUAUUAUUAUAAAUUAUAAAUUAUUAUUAAAUUUGGAUGUAAAAAAUACGCAAUAGAGUAUCUAAUAAUUUUUUUUUUAAUUUGUUCAGUUUUUAUAGAUGAAGAACAAUGUACAUAUUUAUUUAUUCGAAUAACGCCCGAAUUAGUGUGUUACUGUGUGAAAGAAGUUUAUUGAUAACAAAUAAAAAAGUAUAUGAGGCAUAAAUUAAUAAUUGACUUGAAUGGAGAUAGCCUCUUAAGAGUUAAAUUAAUGUGACAAAUAAAUAAUAUUAUUUGUUAAAAAAAAAAAAAAAAUCAUAACGUGAUAAUGCCGUUAAACGAGAUAUUAUAACGGUCAAGAUUGAAAAUGAAAAAAUAUGUUAUAUUUUUGUAGAUUUGUUAUUGCAUUAAAUGUAUCAUGACAAUUAUGAGAUAACUUUAACGUGCGAUAGUUUUUUAAUAUUUAAAAAAUAAACAACGUAAGAGUAGCCAUGUUAAUUAAUUAUUUAUGAAUGUGAUCAACAAUAAUUAUUUCAAUGCUAGACAAAUCUUUGGUCAUUGUUUAUUAUUAUUAUUAUUAUUAUUAGAAUAUUAUUAUUAUUAUUAGAAUAUUAUUAUUACAAUAUUAUUUUAUAAUGCGUUCAGAGAUAAGCAUUUUUUUUUUUUUUUUAAUAUUUAUCUUAUUCUUUAAAAUUAAAUGUGAUAAUUGCAUAUGGUUACCAAAGUUUUGUUUGGCUAAUUAAUUGUGUAUAAAUGUCAAUUAAUACACAAUGAAAUAAUAAUAAUGGAAGUCUCAAAAAUUGAUAAUUAGUUUGAAACUUUAUAUGUGAACAAAUCGAAACAACUAACUAAAAUUAGAACCACUGAUUUCGAACUAAUCAUGAAAAAAACGUGAAAUUAUACGAAUCGUAUUUGAGCUUGCUAAAAGUUAUAAUUUUUUCAUCAAGAACAAAAGUUUCCUUACAAAGUAAAAAAAGUAAUACAAAUCAAUGUUUAUGUAAAACUACAUAUAUCGUAUUUUUCGAAUGAUUCAAUAUAAACCACAAAAAUUAAAUAAUAAUUCAAGAUGAAUAAUUUAAAAAAAAUCAUUCAACGACUAAAAAAUAAAAAUUUGCGAAUAGUUAAAACUAAAAAAUGACACUCGAAAAAUGCAAUUAAUUGCGCAAUUCACACACUUCUAAAUAAGGUAUGAUAAAAAUUAUGAAUGAUGAUAAACGACUAAAAUACUUCAAUUGAAAUAGAAAUUAAGAAAAUAAAUUUAAAAAAUGCGAUGAUGAUUAUUGAAUUUUUCCGAAUAAACAGUUUAAUCAUUUAUAAAUUUCUUAGUUUUUGACAACGGAAAAAUUUUACUCAAGAGAAUAUUUCAAUAAUAUAGAAAAUGAUUAAAAAAUUUAAAUAAUCAAAUAUAAAUGUAAUAAAUGAAAAAGAAAAAGAUGGAAUCAAUUUCUUUUGUUGUAGCCUAUACUGGGACCCACAACAGAAAAAAACUACUUGAUUAUACUGUCAUAAAAACUUAGAUGAAAUGAAACAAAAAACAAAAAAUCAUAGUUUUAAUUUCUGAUAAUAAUAUGUAAACUCAAUUCCAGAAUUUCACGCAUCAGAUUGAUAAAAGAAAUAUAUAAAUAUAUAAAAUAAAUAUAUAUUCCAGAUGAAAAAUCGGUAUAUAGUGCCUGAUAAGCAGUUCGUAGUUUAUAUCAAGAAAGAUGGAUUUUCUAAUAAUUUCAUAAACAGUAAAGAAAAAAAAGAAACGAAAAUUGUUAGAAUGUCAUAAAAAAAAAUUAAAAAUACAAAAAAUAAAAAAAAAUAAAAAAAUGAAAACCAAUGCUAUUGAUGUAGAUAAAACAUAAGUGGGUCCUAAUAUAAUAACAUUAAUGAAAUAGUACGUAAAAGACAAGAAAAAAUAAUCUUACAAUGUUUUUUUUUUUAAACAAUAAAUAAAAAUAUUUAAUUAUUUAUAGGUACGUCCGAUGUAUUCUCGUGUUUAACUGUUUCCAUCUAAAAUAUAAUUUUAAAUUUCCCUUUUUUUUUUUUCAAUCUCAUAAAUGCGAAAUACACCAUACUUUUUGCGGUGCAGUUUUUUUUUUUUUAAAUUUUCUUUUUUUAAACCAAGAAGGCUAGACACCAGGAGAGUUCACUAUGUACAUAUAUUGGGAAUGGGCAAGAAGACUCGAGUCAAUGGGACAAAAAACGUCGUGAAAUGAGGCUUGCACAUUUAGCCGUAGAGGCAAAAGAGCAACGCCGAGAGUAGUCAAUGUGCCUCAACCCCCUUUGAUGUACGCAGUUGCCGUCAUUCGUCGUACGGUAAUUGAUUAAAAUUAGUACAGUCACCCAGAAAAUUAUUGAUUUUAUUAAAAAACAUCAAUUGUGAAUGUAAUUUUUCGAAAAAAAAUAAAAUAUUAAAUAAGGAUAAAUCGCAUCUAGAUAUUGUUUAAUUGAAUACAUUUACAUUGUUGUAAUGCUUUUUUGUUUGUGUCAUAGAAUGUAUGUGUGCACGUAAGCAGUAUU